UUACCCCUCCUGCUUAACGAGCCUCAUCUAUUCUAUUCAAGAACCAUUUGCUCACCACUGACACACUUUCGUGUGUGUAAAUAAAAGAGCUUUCCUAAAAUGUGCCGGUGCCUGUGAACCUCGCAUCCUGUCUCACUCCCACUGGCAGCUUUAGCUCAGCAUCCAUAUUUUUCGCAUCCGUGUGGGAGAGAGAGAGAGAGGGAGGGAGAGGGAGAGAGAGAGAGAGAGAGAGAGCGAGAGCGGAGCGAAGGGAGUGGCAGACGCUGACAAAUCUCAUGCCGGGAAGCCGACUGAGCCAUCCCUGAUUCCCUGCACAGAUUCAUCUGAAGUUCGCCGGCACCGACUUCUUUUUAAUUCACAGGAUUUGGACUUCAUAAGUCCCACAGGUAGAAUGGAGAAGGAUAUCCGCCAUCCUCACAUUUAGUGCCUCGAUUAUAUAAAGAUAACCCUAAAUAAGCUGCGAAACUUGAAGUUUCUCCAGUGGACAUAAUGAACAUGCUAAAGUCCAGUGGCUUGAAGAUCCCUGGCAGGGGUCCUAAACACUCCAGUCCAGUGGGACGAACAACUGCUGGCCCAUCAACCAGUCCUGCGGCUCAAAAAGACAGUUGCCCCUACAAGCAGAUGACUCCCACCCCAAGCAGCAACGCCUCCGACAAGUCCUCCAAAGCCUCUGAGGUGGGUGACGAGGUGGCCGGGGACUUUGUGGUCGGUGAACGUGUCUGGGUGAAUGGAGUCAAGCUAGGAGUCAUCGCCUAUCUUGGAGAGACCCAGUUUUCCCCGGGACAGUGGGCUGGAGUGGUGCUGAAUGACCUGGUUGGAAAAAAUGAUGGCUCUGUGAAUGGAGUGCGUUACUUUGAGUGCCAGGCUUUGCAGGGCAUCUUCACCCGGCCUUCCAAACUCAUGCGGCAACCCGCCGGGGAUGGGGGUGACGAGCAGCAGAACACACAACUGCAGGGUGGUGCGGGAGCAUCCGGUCAGCGGGUGGUCAUGCCGCUCAGAGAAGGCAUGCUCAACAGCUCAAUCAAAACCGGCAAUGAGUCAGGAUCCAACAUGUCUGACAGUGGAUCUGUGAAGAAAGGGGGAGAGAAGGACCUUAAGGUCGGAGAUCGAGUGCUGGUUGGCGGCACUAAAACUGGAGUAGUGCGUUAUGUUGGGGAGACUGACUUUGCCAAGGGCGAGUGGUGUGGAGUGGAGCUGGACGAGCCGUUAGGGAAAAACGAUGGAGCUGUAGCAGGAACCAGAUAUUUUCAGUGCCCACCCAAGUUUGGCCUCUUUGCUCCAAUCCACAAGGUGAUCCGGAUUGGCUUCCCAUCCACCAGUCCGGCUAAAGCUAAGAAGAGCAAGCGUAUGGCCAUGGGUGUGUCGUCUCUGGCUCACAGCCCCUCCAGCUCCUCCAUCAGCUCUGUCAGCUCUGUGGCCUCCAGCGUGGGGGGGCGACCCAGCCGCACUGGCCUGUUGACCGAGACGUCGUCGAGGUACGCACGGAAGAUCUCUGGGACCACGGCUCUGCAGGAGGCCCUGAAGGAGAAACAGCAGCACAUAGAGCAGCUCCUGGCCGAGAGAGACCUGGAGCGGGCCGAGGUCGCCAAGGCAACCAGCCGUAUCUGCGAGGUGGAAAAAGAGCUGGCGGCGCUGAAGGCCGGACAUCUGCAGUAUGCAACGGAGGCAGAGAGCAACCUACAGCAAGUCCGAGCUGUGCUGGCAGGCACUCAGAAAGACAAAAUGGAAUUGGCCAAUCAGCUUGAAGAAGAGAGAAGGAAAGUGGAAGAUCUUCAGUUCAGAGUCGAGGAAGAGUCCAUUACCAAAGGAGACCUGGAGACUCAGACCAAACUGGAGCAUGCCCGUAUUCGGCAGCUCGAGCAGUGUCUGCAUUUGGAAAAGUCCAAAGCAGAGCGGCUUCAGAAAGAGUUAGAGGAAAAUAUGCAAACUACAGUUGAGGAGAAGAGUCGCGUUAUGCAGCUGGAAGAGGAACUGGCCCUGCGCAAGGCUGAGGUCGAGGAGCUCCAGGUUCGGCUUCAGAGAAGCUCCUCCGGCCCAGGAACAGAUGCUGGAGACUGCGGGCUAGGCUUAAACUCGGAGACUCUGGUCUUGCGGGAACAGCUUCUCUCCGCAGGCCGCGAACGCCGCGAAGAGAGCAGCCAGUUGCGCGAGAGGUACGAGGCGUCCCUGAGCACCAGCCAGAAAGAAGUUGAACGCCUUAAAGCCACCACAGAUCGUCAGGGCCAAGAGAUCUCUGACCUGAAGCAAAGACUUCAGCAGGCCACUCGUGAAAACAUGGAGAUGAUGGACAACUGGAAAGCCAAGCUUGACGCUUUGGUUGGAGACCAUCAACGUGCUCUGGAGGAACUAAAAUCCUCAGUAACGGGAGAUCGUGGAGCCAGUGAAAACGGAGAGGGUGAAGGAACCACACCUGAGAUGAGGGCCGCUCUGGAGAGCUUAAAAAUGGAGCAUCAACUGGAGCUAGAAAACUUGAAGGCCAAGCAUGAGAUUGAUGCCGCCGUGAUGGCCAAAGAGCGCGAAGACCUACGUGCCCGACUUCAGGAUCUGCGGGACCAGCUAGAGGAGAGCGAGCAGAACUGGAAGAUCCAGGUGGAAACCAAGAGCAACCAGCAUACUCUGGAGCUCAAAGAGGUUUUAGAGAAGCUCCAAAAGGCUGAGUUUAGGAUCAGCGAGAUGGAUAAGUCCCAUGAAGAGCAUAAAAAUGCCACCCUACUUCUUAAAGAGCAGCUGGAGCUGGUUGAGAAGAAGAUGGUCGAUUAUGAAGCCCUGCAGAAGGCUGAAGCUCAGAGCCGAGCAGAGAUCCUCUCUCUGCAGGAGAAGCUGAGGGUCACUGAGAACCGACUGCAAGCUGUGGAGGCGGAUCACAACACCCAGGAUGUUAAUAUGAUCGAAAAUAAUGACAACUCUGAAGAGAAGAUUAAACUGAAACAGAAUAUGGAAGAAACUCUGGAGAAACUCACAAAAAGGGAAAAAGAAGUCUCCACUCUAACAACCCAAGUAGACGCCCUAAAGACCCAAAUAACUGCUUUGGAGGAAAAGGUUCGUUUGGGAGAGAAUGCGGCUGAAGGAUUCUUUAGGGAGAAGACUCGUUUGGAGGCGGAGCUGGAGUCCAUGACCAAGAAAUCCCAUGAUGCAUCAGGCCAGCUGGUGAUUAUUAGCCAGGAGCUUCUGAAGAAAGAGAGGAGCCUAAAUGAGCUUCGGGUGUUAUUGCUGGAAUCUCCGCGCCACUCUGCAGGAGUGGACCGGGACAUUAGCCGUGAAGUUCACAGAGCGGAGUGGAGGAUGAAGGAGCAGAAACUACAGGAUGACAUUAAAACGCUGCGGGAGAAACUUUUGCUGCUGAGUCGGGAAAGGUCGUCUCCAGACCAUCGCCGAUACUCUAUGAUGGACCCGUCUGCUUCAGACACAGAGGUGUCUCGUCUGCGUCAAAGGCUGCUGAGCACAGAAGAUGCCCUGAGGAACGCUUUGGAACACAACCAACACGUGGACCAGCUCGUGCAGGCCAUGCGUACCCGCCCAGACAAGAACCAGGCACAUGCUAGUGCAAAUUCUGCAAAUGGAAUUCAUCAAGAAGACACUUCCUUCACACAAGAGGAAGAACACUGAUGAGGGCUAAAACAGUUCAUGGAUGUUUAGGGAAGAAUGGAGGUGUAAUGGGAAAGAAGAAGCCUAGAUCUUUGGACUAAUGCUUCACUGGACAUCUUACUUUCCAUUUACAGUUAACACCAAAACAACAACUUUAUAAAUGAACAAACAGAAACCACAAAUUGAAGAAUAUCUAGAAUUAUCCGAGAUGCUAUAAAAGACAUAAUGGAAGUGGUUUUAAGGUCGAUGGUACAACACGGACAAACACACCGAUCCUGUAGACUACCUCCGAGAUGGACAAUGAUGUCUGACUUAAGAAACGAGUGAGUGUUGGUCAGGAAAACAAACAAUACCCUGCUAUACUCCCAGUUGGUUGUAACCAGUUGCCGUUUAGAAAACAUUUUUGGCCUCAAUUUUUACUGUUUAAUUUAUUUGCCAUCUAUGCUUUUCACCUUUUUUAAAGUGAUAAACUCUCAGCGUAAGGUUUGAAGGACUUGGGCUGGUCACUAGAUUCUGUAGCAAACAAGUAAAUAAAACCGACAGGCUCCCUUGUUCCAUACCUGCUCAUUCUUGUGUUGAUUUUCCUUCUUUUUAUCAAGACAUAAGGUUUAAUGUAUGAAUUAUACAGUAUUCAGCAACGAAUUAGGAAGUUAAGGUGCAAGCUUCAAGAACCAGUAUUGCAGUUUCAGUCAAUAUUAGUGCAUACCUGUGUAAUAUUAUAAAAUAUACAACUCCCAACCUGUAGUUCAAUUCAAAUGAUCAAUGAACCAACAGCUUUCGUUUCUCGUUUUGAGUCAUUUGCUUGGCUUGUCUUUGAUUGGUGGUGAGUUGUAAUUGGACUAUCUUAAGGGGAGGUACUACAUGCAUAAGUGACUUAUUGCCCAUAUAGCAAAUACAAUAAUUCUGUUUUGCCACUCAACAUACAUUUAGCUUUUUGAUUUCAUUUGAUCUUUAUAAAAGAGCAAGAAGCAUGUUUAUUUACAUGCACAGCACACAACUUUUUAUUAAAUGUUUGAUGGAAAGAACCUUUUGACAAAAGUGCAUUUUUAAUAUUUUUCUCAUAUGCAAGUGAGUUAGUUUUGAUAAAAGGAAAGGAUCACCUGUAGUGCCUCCCCUUAAAAGAACAAAAGACUGUUUGGCAUUUUCUCUCUGAUCAGAUUUCUGUUUGUCUAAACAGAUCUUUGCGUUAUGAACUAAAAACAAAUCUGAUUUAACAGUACAAACACAAAUCAGUGUCUGCUCAAUGGUAUUCCAGAAUUGAUUCUCUCCUUUGAAAAAUCAUGAAACAGAAACACUGUGCAAUUAGGUCAAGUUUGUUCAUAAAGCAACUUUAUACUGAUGUGAUUGCCAUUAGAAGUAAGAAAGCAUUUGUUUUCAAUAAGAAUAGGGAAAAUGAUAGGGCUGGCCCCAAGUUUUGCAGUUGAAAUUGCUUUAGAUUGCAGCUGGAUUCGAUAAAAAUGCCUUUUAUCUGUUGGGAAACUUUUCAUUCGCCACUUGCUGUAAUGGUUUCCAAGAAUCAGUAAUUAAACAUUAACAAAAGAAA